GUAUGUAUUGAGAAUGGAAUACAUGACUUUUGUUUAGUAAGCUGAGAUUUCUUAAUAAGCAAUAUUAGCAAGUAAUCAAAAUGUCGGAGGCUGCAGAGUACAAACUCUUGUAAUUAAGUACAUAUUCAAGAGACGUAAGAUUUACCUAUAAUUGUAAUUAUGUCUCGCGGCGUUGAAUUUGUUAAUGCAAUCUUAAAGAAUAUAAGUAGAUCACCUGGUUUUGGACAAUGUUUAAAAAAGUUGGAAAUAGUCUCAGCAGGGGAUGGUAAGUGUAAAGCAAAAUUAGUUGUUUCUGAAGAACAUUUGAAUGCAGGUGGCACAAUGCAUGGAGGUUAUACAAGCACAAUUAUAGAUUGUAUAUCCACUUAUGCUCUAAUGACACACAAAGAGUGUCCACCAGGAGUUUCAGUGGAUCUCAUUGUUACAUUUAUGAAACCUGCUCUACCUGGUGAAACAGUUGUUAUUGAUGCUAGAACUGUACGAGCUGGAAAAACAUUAGCAUUUCUCGCAGUAGAUGUUAGCAAGAAUGAUGGGAAGGACAUGGUCGCACAUGGGCGUCACACAAAAUUUAUUGGUUCUUGAGAUAUACAGGCGAAGUAGAAGUAUGUAAGCACAUACUGCUAGUGACCACUGUGUUUAAUAUUGUAGACUUUGUGAUAAUAUAUAUAUAUAACAUCUAAGUAUCCUGAAACAUUUUUAAAUGUAUAUGUACGUUAUAUAAAGUUGUUGUAACGAAUACAUUUUCUGUACGCAA